AUGGAUGACGGCUCGAGAAGGUCGUUUGGCGGACGUGAAGUCGAGCUAGGAAAUUGCGAGGGGGGUACAGCGUUUGGUCUACUGAAUGUUUGGUGUACUGAGGGGGAGGCCGUUGAACUAUGAUGGGCCUCCGGGUGUGUCGCCGAUGUUGGUGCGUUGAGCCGGUACAAGUGACAAUGCUGGUGAUUUUGCAGUGCAGGCCGGACGAUAGUCAAUUGAUUGAGACGAGUGCGAGCAGAGUAUGCUUCACGCAGUCGUGGUGUUGUUGUAUCGUCGUAGAGGUUGAAUUCCGUGAGCUAUCGGGCUGAUGCAGCCCAUGGCGGGCUGCACCAGGAGUUUAGAGCUCAGCGAGUGCCUGCGGCAUUGUCUCGACGAGGAUGGGUAUGAAUGCUGGUAAGAGUGCUUCUGUGUAUGUUUCUUGUGCGACUUUGACGUCUUUGGGCGAGGUGUGGAGAGGAAAAUGCGGGCGGAGGCCAGAGGAUAUUGGGAAAAUUAGUUCGACGGUUCGGCGCUAUGCCGGUUUGGGUCACCCUCACCGCUGCGCUAGUCGGGGCCUCUGGUUCGAACAAUGGAUGACUCUGAAAUGCGCACCAAUUGGCACCAUGGCCUUAUACUCUCCUGCUGCAAGUCAGCCAGAAACACCUCACCCGCCCAAUUCUGUCUUGAGCAAGCCCGCCUUCGACUGGAGAGUCACACCAUUGUCAUCAUCUUCAUUUCAACAUGUCGUCGCGUGCUCCCCGCCGCAGGCCAUUCAGAAUUUCUCGCCGAGUCGCCCCACUAAAACUAACCCGUGGACUGAAAACAGCGAGCAUACGCAGGAUGAGGCAACACGGGGCUAAAGAGGCCAUCGUAGCAGUAACCGCGGAACCCUAUUGGGCCCUGGUAAAACAGGAACCCCCGGC